AUGUCAGCUACUGAAGAUUAUGCAAGUAACAUCGAUGAUCAGUUAUUGAAUGUUAAAGGUGAUGAUGCAGAUUCCGAUGUUGAAAGAGUCAAAUUGGAACAAAUAGCUCAUGCUGCUGCGGUAUCAGCAUCUUCAUUAGGAACAAAGAAACAACCUUAUAAACAAAGAAAGAAGGACUUGGGUUCUGAUGGCUUGAAAUCGUUCCAUGAAUUGCAACAACAACAUGAGCAACAGCAUCAACAACAGCAACACCAUCAGCAACAACUAGCCGCUGCAGCUGCUGCCGCUGCGGUAGCCAGUGGGGCCCUUCACCAUCACAAUCCACAUCAACAACUCUCACAACAUCAAAACCAUUUGGCUGAGUUGACAGGUGGGGAUGGGGUUGAAUUAUCCGAAUAUAAUAUUCAGAUUCCCGAACCUAUGGUAGACGAAAAACUGAGGAAAAUUUAUCCCGUAAAUGAAAAUACUAUUACCGCAGAUGGGAACUUGAUUACUCGUCCUUAUCCAGAACAAAUCUUCCAUUCCCGUGAGGGCCUUAAUGAUUUCAUCCUGGAGUUCGCUAGGGAUAAUGGCUUUGGCGUUGUCAUUGCCCAUUCUAACAAAAAGGCGAUUUAUUAUACUUGUGAAUUAGGUGGUCGUUAUCGUCACAAGAAAUCUAAAAAGGAAACUAUUGAAGAAGCCAGACAAGUUGAAGAAGGUUAUUUAAUCGAUCCAAACGUUAGAACCAAGAAAUUAAAGUGUCCAUUCUCAAUGACUGCUUCAUAUAAGAAAUCUACCAAUAUAUGGACCCUUCGUACAACUUGCAAUGAACAUAAUCAUCCACAAUUGGAUCCUAUGAGUAAUCACCCGAUGUUACGCAAACGCAGCGAUGAGUUGAACUUGUUGAUAUUAGAUUUAUACAAGGUCGGAACAAAACCAUCCCAUAUCGAAUCUAAAAUUAAGGAACAAUAUCCUGAUGUUCUAAUUAAGCGUGAAGAUAUUUAUAAUGAAAUCAGAGGAUAUAAGCGCAAACUCAAGAAACAAAGUGCAAGGUUGGGAAUGAUGAAUCCGGCUUCCCGUAUAGCGGGCCAUAAGAGAAGGGCUCUUGCUGCUGCUGAAGCUACCCUUGCUGCUGCCGCUUCCGGUCAAGGUGUUAAUCAUCAUGAUGAUGCGGCUGCCGUGGCUGCAGUUGCUGCCGCUGCAAGUGCAAAUGCCUUCUUACAUAACGAUGAUAACUCUGAAGUGUUACGAUACGAUUUAAAUCACCAUACUCAACACCAACAGCAACAUCAUAUACAAUCCCAUAAGUCUCAGAACCAGGUAGAACAUCAACAACAGCACCAUCACCAGGUUUCUCAACACCAACAUCAACACCAACACCUGCAAGAAGAUUUCCAAAGACAGUUGAACGAAGCUUCUGCAGCUGCGGCUGUGAUUCAGUAUCAAAAUCAAUUAGGAUUGAAUGAGAGUGAUAGUGCUGCGGCUGGAUCAAUUCUUGAUGUCGCAAAUGCUGCUGUCAGAGAACAUUAUAGGGAGACUGCUAGACAGUAUAAUGAGAGUGGUGACUUAUCAAUGGAUAAUAUUGACAGUAGGUUAGUUGGAGAAUAA